UUUUGCGUCUAUAAAUGAAAAAGAUCACAACUUAAGAGACUUGGCGACUGAGUGUCUUCGACCUCAGAAGAGAAAUGCACCAAAUCUGCUGAGCCAUAUGGACCGUCCAUAACAUCGCCCGAGAAAUUUCGCCGAACGCAAACGGCCGAAACGGUUAACAGCGAUUGCUAAACAUAUCGAAAUUAUUUUGAAAAUACAAAAUGCGAUCAUUUUGGCUCAUUCACUUGCGAACAACGGCCAAGUUCACAACACUCUCUGGCGGCAUACACACAUGCAUACAAAUUUGUUUUGUAAGAAAAUAAUCCAAAAAUAAAAUCUCAAAAAAAAAACAAAGAGCAACAAAAGUUUUGAAAGCGAAAAAUUACUAAAUACAAAACAAUUACAUUGAACAAAUUCAAAUAUUCGUGGCUUAAAUCAAUUAAGUGUCGCUAAAAUUAUUGCAUUAAAUAAUUUGCUACUGCAUUGGCAUAGAAAAUAUUUUUGUUCGGUAACUUUCUACGCGUUCGUGCCGCUGUAACGCAUAUGCGAACGCCGCCGCAGUGGAGCUGCAAAGAGAGAAACUCCUAGAAUUUCUGCGAGUAUCCACCUUCGUCCUGCUAUUCCUCAUCAUAUCACUUUACCUAUACCGUUACGCAUUCUGAGAAGGCGCCUAGAUUUAAGUUAAUUUUCAACUCAAAUAGCCAAGCAACCAAAAGAGCAGCUAGUGCAGCAAGAAACACAGCAAUAACAAAGGCCUCAUCCAUACUGUAGCCCGGCAUUAGGCAGCAACACUGCAAUCACAAUGGCUAAAGCGCCAGCAGUUGGCAUUGAUCUUGGCACGACAUACUCAUGCGUCGGUGUGUUUCAGCAUGGCAAAGUCGACAUUAUCGCCAAUGACCAGGGCAAUAGAGUGACUCCAUCCUAUGUGGCCUUCACCGAUACUGAGCGACUAAUUGGUGAUGCGGCCAAAAAUCAAGUGGCCAUGAACCCAAACAACACUAUUUUUGAUGCAAAGCGUUUGAUAGGCCGCAAGUUCGAUGAUGCCACCGUGCAGAGCGACAUGAAACACUGGCCUUUCGAAGUCUUCAACGAGAAUGGCAAACCGAGAAUGCGCAUCGAAUAUAAGGGCGAAAAGAAGAGCUUCUUUCCGGAGGAGAUCUCUUCGAUGGUGUUGACGAAGAUGAAGGAAACCGCAGAGGCGUACCUUGGCAAGCCAGUCACAGAUGCUGUCGUCACGGUGCCGGCAUAUUUUAACGACUCACAGCGUCAGGCUACAAAGGAUGCCGGCGCCAUUGCUGGCUUAAAUGUGCUGCGUAUCAUUAAUGAGCCCACUGCUGCAGCCAUCGCUUACGGCCUGGACAAGAAGGGUACCAGUGAGCGCAAUGUAUUGAUUUUCGAUUUGGGCGGCGGCACUUUUGAUGUGUCCAUACUUACCAUUGAGGACGGCAUCUUUGAGGUGAAGUCUACAGCAGGCGAUACACAUCUGGGCGGCGAAGAUUUUGACAAUCGCAUGGUGAAUCAUUUUGUACAAGAGUUCCAGCGCAAGUACAAGAAAGAUUUGGCACAAAAUAAGCGCGCUUUACGACGUUUGCGCACAGCUUGCGAGCGCGCCAAACGCACGCUUUCGGCCUCCUCGCAGGCGAGCAUCGAAAUCGAUUCUUUGUACGAGGGCAUUGACUUCUACACGUCCAUAACGCGUGCACGUUUCGAGGAGUUGAAUGGUGAUCUAUUCCGCGGCACCAUGGAACCAGUUGCGAAGGCGCUGCGUGAUGCGAAAAUGGACAAGGGACAGAUACACGAUAUUGUUUUGGUUGGCGGUUCGACGCGCAUACCGAAAGUACAGAAGCUAUUGCAGGACUUUUUCAAUGGCAAGGAGUUGAAUAAGUCCAUAAAUCCGGAUGAAGCGGUCGCUUACGGCGCUGCUGUGCAGGCGGCUAUAUUAUGCGGUGAUAAAUCGGAGGCGGUACAGGAUCUUCUGCUGCUCGAUGUAACACCACUCUCUUUAGGUAUCGAGACAGCUGGCGGUGUCAUGACCGUGUUAAUCAAGCGUAACACCACAAUCCCAACAAAGCAGACUCAGGUAUUCACUACCUACUCGGACAACCAGCCAGGCGUGCUGAUACAGGUGUUCGAGGGUGAGCGCGCCAUGACCAAGGACAACAAUAUUCUCGGCAAAUUCGAGCUGAGCGGCAUACCGCCUGCACCGCGCGGCGUGCCACAAAUUGAGGUGACUUUCGAUAUUGACGCGAAUGGCAUAUUAAAUGUGACAGCUGUGGAGAAGUCCACUGGGAAAGAGAAUAAAAUUACCAUCACAAACGAUAAGGGACGGCUGAGCAAGGACGACAUCGAACGCAUGGUAAAUGAGGCGGAACAGUAUCGCAAUGAGGAUGAGAAGCAACGUGAACGUAUCAACGCCAAGAAUGCGCUCGAAUCCUACUGCUUCCAAAUGAAAUCCACAAUGGAUGAUGAGAAUAUACGCGCAAAAAUUUCGGACGCUGAUCGCCAGCUGAUCUUGCAGAAAUGUAAUGAGACUAUCACAUGGUUGGAUACCAACCAGCAAGCGGAGAAGGAUGAGUUCGAGUAUAAACAGAAGGAAUUGGAGCACAUUUGUAGCCCAAUUAUAACGCGUUUGUACCAAGGUGGCGUACCACCACCACCACCACCACCAAAUGCAGCUGGUGGUGGUCCCGGUGCUGGUGGUGCUGCUGGUGGGCCGACAAUUGAAGAGGUGGAUUGAACGAGUUUUGGGCGCCAAAAUACAUUUGGUGGAAUUUAAAAAGUUAAAAGGCGUAAAACAUAUUUUUUGACGUUCUUUUAUUUUUCUAAAUAACAUUUUUUUUUAUUUAUUUUUUGUUAUCUGAUGCUUUAAUUCGUAUUUGAUUAUCAUCUAUUUUACAUAUCUAUACAUAAAUUGUAACAACAUAAACUACACAAAUUGUUUUGGAAUUGUGGUUUUGGCGAAAGGAUAAUAAAUGUAAAUCGAUUUUGUGGUUUAUUGUGUUGUCGUUAUUUCUUUUCUUUGUUGUAGAGUUUUGUACAGGUAACCUUUUUCGUGAAGUGUGAAAUACGCUUCUCUUAGACGCAUACCUAAAGUAUGCAAUGAACUUGAAGGAAAGCAUAAUUCAUUGCAUACAGGAUGUUUUACUAUGUUUGCUGUGAUCGAAAGAUAAGUAUUCCAAACUUGUUUGAACUCAAUUUAUGUAAAAUUUUAAAUUU